AUCUUCUAAGGAACCAUAUACUUCAAUGUCAAAAAUGGUGUCAGACUAACAUAAGUUUCGAAAUAGAUAUGACAUAAAUUCUAUGAAACGUAGGGAAGCGAGGAAGCAGUGCCUUGGCCCUCGAGGUUGGAUGGAUCGCAUGGAGGAGCACGAUGUUUAGAGUCCGAUGGCAUCGCCUGUUAAGUCCAUUUCCGCGGAAAACCACCUCAGUGGUGGACCACAUCUCCAAGAGACUUCAAAGCAAUCAAAAACCGUCUGAAAACGAAUCGUUCUGGUCGCAUUUGUUCGGAAAGUACCUUUUUGUGACAAAUACCGUGGGAUCGGGAUUGCUUCUCGGCAUCGGAGACUUGAUUGUCCAGUACUGUGAUCGAUUGACGGAGAAGAAAUCGUUCGAUUAUAUACGAUCCAGGAACAUGGUAGUAACUGGCUUGAUAAUGGGGCCAGUUCAGCAUGGAUUUUACUCGUUGCUGGAUCGGGUAUUUAUUGGUAAAACAAGACUGGUAAUUCUCCAAAAGUUACUUGCGGAUCAGUUGAUAAUGUCGCCCUCCUACAUUACUCUGUUCUUCACCAUUACCAGUUUGCUGGAGGGGCUAAGUAUUAAAGAAUGUCAUGCGAUCCUGUCGAAAAACUUCCUCUAUACCUGGGCUCUCGACUGCUGCAUAUUUGCGGCUUUGCAGUAUCUGAUUUUCCGCUACCUUACGGCCAUGUAUCGUGUGGUCUUUAUAAAUCUGGUCAAUUGUUUAUAUAUCGUAAUGCUAUCCUAUAUCAAACAUAGUCCCUAAAAUUCAGGCAAAUGAAAAAGUUUUAUUCAAAAUAAUAGUAAACCUGUCAUGUUCCCCCUUGAAUCAUAACACAAUAAACCAGAAAACUCAAAACUCA